AUGGCGAUCUCUUACUCUCACACGGAGAGUAACAUAAUGGCUCUGAUGGAUUUUUAUGAUGACUAUGGUGAUCUUCCUGGGAUUAGGUUUCGACCAAACUAUGUUGAGAUAGUAGAGCAUUAUCUCUACAACAAGGUUUAUGGCAAGCCCUUGAGUGCAGACGUUUUGAUUGAGUGUGAUAUCUACGAAGAAUUUUGGAAGAAACACUUUGAGAACACGGAUGAGACUAGUCUUUACUUCUUCACAAAAUUGAAGAGGGUUGGUAAUGGUUCAAGAAUACAAAGGAACACAACCUAUGGCACAUGGAAGUCUAAUAACGAGAAGCCCAUAUAUCGAGAUCAAGCUAAGAAGGAUCAAAUUGGUUCUGUGAGAAGUCUUACCUUGGUGACCAAGAAAGGGUCCAAAUCCGUUGGUCGGUGGGUUAUGCAUGAGUUUAAACUCAAAGGGCGCUUAUACAAUAAAGAGUACGAGGAUUAUGUCAUUUGUAGGAUCGAAAGACUCAAGCAACAAGAAGACAACAACUUGAAUGAGGACACUCAAAACAUCGAGCAGUUUGUCAAGUCAUUUGAGCAACACAAAGAUGGCGUGACUAAUACUGAGAUUGAGACUGAGACUCAGCUUGGACGACAUCAACAGGAUAGACUUGAGCAAAAAGAAGACAGCUUCAUAAAUGAGCAAUCUUUCGAAACAACUGAGCAACUACAAGAUUGCAUGACUGAGAUUGAGACAGAGCUUGACCCUAAUGUUGUCCUCACUGUCGAAGACUUGGAGGCUCUCCUAGGCUGGGAUAGACUUGAACAAAAAGAAGACGGCCUCAAAAAUGAGGGCAUUCAAAACAUAGAGCAAUCUUUCGAAACAACUGCGCAACUACAAGAUGGCAUGACUGAGAUUGAGACUGAGCUUGACCCUAAUGUCGUCCUCACUGUCGAAGAAUUGGAGGCUCUCCUAUCAGAACCAUAAGAAGGUACAUCAUUCCCAUUAAGUUGGGAUAGACUUGAGCAAAAAGAAGACAGCCUCAAAAAUGAGGGCAUUCAAAACAUAGAGCAAUCUUUCGAAACAAAUGAGCAACUACAAGAUGGCAUGACUGAGAUGGAGACUGAUCAGGUUGACACUAAUGCCGUCCUCACUGUGGAAGAAUUGGAGGCUCUCCUAUCAGAACCAUCAGAAGAUACAUCAUUCCCAGUGGGUUGGGAUUGGGCAUUGGACACAUCAUCCUCAACCUUCAUGCAGCCAAUGCCUUACCAAACAUAAUUAACUGAUACGACUACUAUCUGCAUCUAGAAUGACA